AUGCAAGCCUUGAAGCCGCAGCCCUCGUCUCUGCUUCCCCUAUACCUGUCUCUCCUCAGACACAGGACGUGUCGGCAGAUACCAUCGUGGAAGUCGCUCGCGAGGCUGAGCCCGCGUGUCCUCGAUUCGGCUGUUAUUAAAUCCACGAUCCUCUUUCGCGCCACCUUGCCUAUCUCGCCGCCGUCACGACACGAGUCGCAAUCCCAGCAUUACUCAUACCCUACGCUCUCUUGCCACCCACAUCGUGCUUGA